AUGGUUGCGUGCACUGACGGCGGCCUUGCAGUGUAUCUCGCCGCAAUUGAGGUGGAGACGCUGGGACCUGUUGCUCAUCUCGAGCUGUCAAUACUGAGUGCCCGGGAUCUUGUCGGAGAAGACGUCUACCUUGAUGAUCGGCUCGCUUGCAGGACCAAGUGCCAACAGAGAACAGCGGCUCCAGACUGGCGCUUCCACCGGUCACUGGAUGUUGUAUGCCCCUAUUCCAUGUUGAGGAUACAGGUGGCAGAUCAGACGCACUCCAAUGUCAUGAUGAUGCGAGAUGCGCAGAUGGGUUUUGUGGAAAUCUGCCUGGGGGAUGUGCCCUUCAAUCGGGACAUCGAAGGGUGGUUCGAACUACGUUACAAGGACAACUUGCAGCGAACCAGUUCAGAGCGGUACGAAGCCCACUGCCAGCGCCGUGAUGCUGACUGGGGGGGUGGGGCGGCCGCAAGGCGCCGCCGGCAGAGCCGCUCCAGGCAACAGGACGUAGAGCCGGCGGAUCAGGUGGAGCCUCCAGAGAAAACGGGACACCCAAGGAGUCUACUCAGAAACUGUGUCGGCUACUUUGUCGAUCGCUCAGCCGAGCUCGGGCUUCCGCUUCCAGAGGCGCUACGUACUGGGCAUGGACCGAAUGCCGGAGAGAUCCUACUUCGCAUGCGCUUGUCAUACUUGGACCGUGGCAAGGACGCCAUGUUUGCAAUGGCACUGCACCCACCUGCCUCGGAAGACCAUGGCACGCAUCUCCAGGUGGAUGGCGAUCCGAACUUUCACCUGCAGGGACUUUGGGACGAUGUUGUGGAUGUCAAGCGCGACGUUGUCGAGGAUGCGAUGAGCUGUGUGUCCAACCUCAUCCUUUACAUUCUCCUCUGGCGGUCGUUCUUGGUGACCGGCACUCUUGUGGCUUGGCUGGUGCUGCCUCUGGCAUACUCCGCCUGGCAGCCACAUCAGCGAAAUCUCUGGCUGCUGUCUGCGGUGGUGCCUGGCAUGCUGUCCUUCAUCAUGCUGCUGCUGUCAUGCCCCAAGCUUCGAGCUUCCAUGGUGCAUGGUGGAACCAAUGCCCCGCUGACACAAGAAGGAUUUGCGAGUGCGGCUGCCUGGAGAGACAGUGCACAGAUGGUUGCCUUUCUCAGGAGAGUUAUCGCCGAUCUUCAGGGUGUUGUGAACGAUGAUCAUGAGCUACAAUCCCUGGCUGCACGAUGCUUCCGUGAUGGAAAGCCGCGACUUACGCUCUCUGAGCUCAGGACCGUGCUGAAAGGCGCGCAUUGGGUCAGCAUCGCAGUUUCGGAGCCCGAGGACGCAGCAGACAAGGCCGGUGCACAACAAGCGCUGCUUCGCGAAGGCUUCCCUGGGACUCGACUUCUGCCUGGAGACUUGGUGCUGGUUGACAACCACGCUCGUGCGAUCGUGAAAUCUAUUGAGGAUCCUUUUGUCGUUGUGGAGUAUGAUGACCCGGAGCACGUGGACUUGAUCAGCCGCGAGCAGGAGAGCGAGCAGAGCGCCGCUCCCUCACAAAGCUACGAGACGCUUGUUCCUCUGGGCACCGACGCAGAGGCUGUUGAUUUCGGUGGCGCACGGGCCAGAGGCAACUCGCCAAUUGAAGUCUCCACAGCCAUGUUCUUCUCGCUACCACUGCGAGAGACUUCCCAAAGCAAGGUUGUCACUUCGGCCGCAGGCAUCCUUGUGGAUGAUUGUAACAGACGCUUGUGCCCGUGGUUGCGUUACUGGAGUAGCGUUUUUUCCUGGCGUCGAUGGCGAGUCUCGUUGGCGCUGCUUCUGGCCUUGGGUAUGCUUUCGUCUGUGUCGAUUGCCGCCUUCGUCUUGGAGCUCACCAAGGAGUCGCCGGGUCGUGCUCUUGCCAGGACGCUGCUCAGAUUCUUCGUUCUUGGAAGCAAGAUUCUCCUACUUGCAGCAAUAUCAGCCGUAUUCUUGUCGAAAGCCCGAUGGUUUGUGCCCGUGCGAUGUUUCGGUCGCAUCUUCUGGCGGACUCUCUGUCACAAGCGGCGAGCUCCCGACAUCUGGCCAUUCUUUCGUGAAGGCCAACAGGACAUCAACAGAGCGAGCUCCCUGAGCGGCUCUCCCACGGCAUCUGCAGUCACUUCUGCGUGA